GUGGAUUAAAGCUGAUGGUGCUGUUUUUGUUGCUAGAAUCGUUGUUUUUGUAAUCAACAUCAUCAGUGUUUUUAUAUCAUACAAUGAGCGACGUCAAAAUUUAUGGAUUGAAAACAAAAUAAACACACAGAGUGUGAGAAGUGCGAGCGAAAGUAGAAAAAUAAAACGGAAAAUAAAUAACCAGAGUAAUUUGAGGAAAAUAUUAAAACGUUUUCAUGUAGAAAUAAAAUAAACGAACAAAAAGUCCAAAAAUCAAAUUCAGCUCGUGUGUAUUGUCGCAAGUCAAAGCGUUGAAUGGAUAAUUGUUAUUAAAAGGGACAAAUAUUAUUCGAAAUAAAUUCAAUUCAUUCGCGCGGCACACACAACACAUACGGUGUUUGUUUUGCAUACGAUUUUUUUUAGUGAGGCGGCAAUUCUGAUUCAAUUUUAUUUCAGAUUGGUAGAAUGUGUUUGUGUGUGGCAUUUCAUUGUCAUUAAUUUAUUUCUGUUAUUUAUCAUCUCUACCUCUUGUCGGCGACUGAGAUUCAACAAAAAUUCUCACUCAGUACGAUUGAAAUAUUCGGUGCGUAUUUCGUUGUACCGGUUGAAAAAAAAUAUUUCAAUAAUAAAAAAGAAUAACAAACAAUAACAACAGCAACAAAAUCAAACUCGGAUCAUCUCAUCUCUCUACAAUAUUGAUGUGUGCAGGACAAAAAAAUCGCACUCGAUUUGGGAUUUGGGACAAAUGAUGAACACUUGAAACGUGAUUUCAUUGAACGAACGAGAGAAAGAGCACGAGAAAACAUUACAGAGAACAUAUUACGAAAGGGAAACAAAGAAAGAACAUAAACCAACAACAACUACUAGGCCAAUUAAGAUUCCGUGUUUCGGGGACACAAUAAAGUGUAUGAAAAAAAAAAAAAUGAAACAAGAUUCCUUAUUUGUGCGAAUAUUUGCUGGUUUUUUCGGUGUCGUUGUUAUGUGCGCGACAGAGUGAAUUCAUUCGUACAAACAAUAAUAUAAAGGCUGAAUUCAUUUUCCCCACCGAAGCGGUUGCCAAUUCUUAUACACAUCAACAUAAUAGAGUCCCAUUCGAAAAGUAAAAACAGGCAUCAACUGAAACGGAUCAGAACAAAAAAGAUAGAGUGAAUAAUGUAUUUUAUACGCGAAAUUGUUUGUUCAUUAAUUUUGUACAAGUAUAAUCGGGUUCAGAACUUAAAUAACUAGCAAAAAAAAUCAGCAGAGAACAGAAAAAAAAUACACGAAGAAGACAAAACAUUAUGUGUACGUGUUUGAUUGCGAUUUGCACCCCGCGAUAAUAAUCAUAAUAAAACCGCAGCAAAAAGACGGAAAAAAGAGAAAAGAGAAUAGUGAAGGAGAAACAAACAAAAAAGCUGUAAUAUAUAUAUUUAAAAAAAAACUAAAGGAGAAAAGAAUAAACUAAAAACCAUUUGUUGCCAAUGACUAUUUGGCGUGUGUUGUGACACAGUUUUUGUUCCCGUAUAUGUAAUCGAAUGUGGCAAAUAGAACCAUUUAACAUAAACAACGCUGUGAUUUAACCAUUGCCUGCCAGUGCUAUAUAUCGUCUUGCUUCAAGAUAUUUUUUCUACCUUCUUGGUCAAUACGUAUUCAACGACAUUUCCAACAUUUUUCGUAAAUUGUUUCACAGAAAAUCGCGUCAUAAAACCAAAGAGGUGCCGACAACCAUGGACGCGAAUUUACCAAAAAGUAUUUCACGUCAGCAGCUUAACGGCCAAAUGAUGUUAAAAUACACAAACGUUGUUAAAGGUUGGCAAUAUAGAUAUUUUACUGUCGAUGCUCAAACUGGGUAUUUACGCUAUUUUCUACCAACAAAUAGCUGGUCAUCAUCGACAAAUAAUAUUGCUGCUGACACCCACAGCAUUUCAAGUGGUAAUCGAAGUUUUGACUUUGAUGCGUUGAGCAUGAAUAGCGGAUGUAAUGUUGAUAGUCCAACAUCAAAUCACAUUGGAACCACACCGAGAUGGCAGGAACAUUUGGCCGGUGCUAUUAUCAAUCCAAGCGAAGAAGAUUCACGAACAUUUACAAUCACUUGUGCAUCGGGUGAUACGUUAAAAAUUCGUGCGGCAAACGCAGCAAGCCGUCAACAGUGGGUGGACGUAUUACGUAUGAUAGCUGAAAAUCACAACACACAAGUGUCGGCCAUAAAGCAUAAUUUCCAUCGAAAACGAUUUUCAAAAAAACAUUUUCCAUCAAUUGGUUCCCACACCGAUAUUUUACCUUCACGUGAAAGUGCCGACGCAUACACCAAUGCGCGUCAACAAAUUCACAACACUGAACUAUGUAAUGCUGCCUUAGCUAAAGCUGUUGAAAACUUAACUGGUCCGCUUGGUCCGACUGAUCCAGAUGUGCUGAUGUUAAAGGCCGUUUCAUCUGCCAGUACACAUUGUCUAUUGCAAUGUUUAGCUUUAAUUCAACGUCAUCACGAAAUAAGCGGUGACGUUCGCGUACGAUCGCAUUCAGAAGCUGCUUUUUAAUUAAAUUAUGUAGAACAAAAAAGAGAGACAGAGACCAAGAUACAAACAAAGAAUAUAAGAAAAUACCAAUGCGGCACCCUAUCGAAUCGCAAAGCAAACAAUCGAUUUGCAUUCUUUUUUGUUAUUUGGUGAAAAAGAAAACAAAAAUAAUAAUACACAUAUACAUAAUGCCGCUACUAUUUUUUUAUACAAGAGAAUACACUUGAGAAUAACAAACAAAUACAUAACAUAUAGUCCUGAAGCUUGGAUGCAAUUGGAGUUCUUCUUUUCUUUUGAAAAGCAAGAAACAAAUACCGUCGGCAAUUCGAAAUGCACCAAAAAAAAAAGAAGAAAUUUUUUUUCCCAACAAUUGUCUGCUAAGUCUGUUAGGUUAUACGUACUAUAUAUAUAUUGUAACAGAUAUAUAUCGAAAAAACCGAAUAUGAAAUUUCCAAACAAAAAAACAAACGUAGAAAAUGUAUCGAACUAAAAAAACGCAGUGUUUAUUGUUCUGAAAAAAUAAUAAUAAUAUUUUUUUGUCGUUAAAGCAUGCAAUGCAUACGCAGCUCCCGUCAUAUACUAUACUAAUAUACUUUAAAGAUGAAUCUGAUUUGUUGAUUUUUAUCAAUAUAUUUCUUGUAAUAUUUUUUUAUUUCGUCGUAGAAUAACAUUAAAAAAAAAAAAAAAGAUAUAAUUAUUAUGAUGGAAAUAGAAGAAAGACAUCAAUAUUCAAUAAUUUAUGACAAUGAAAACGCGCUUCCUUCUUGUAUAUCUUGAAAACAAUCAUAAUAACAAAAACAUAAUGAAAUGAGACGAAAGUAAUAAUUGACAUCGUUCGUACGUUUAAACUUAGUUUUUUUUUCAUACCUUUGAAGAUAUGCAAUAAAUAUACGAAAUUUCAGCGACAAAAAA